UUCACUUGUGUUUUUUUCUAAUUUUACUGUCAUUACGCCGAUAAAUUGAUGCAUAUUUUGUAUGCAACAGUUAUUUCGAUUAAAUAAAUCGCAUUAUUAUGUACAACAUUUCCGCAAGGAAUGUGCUGAGUGCGUGUAUUUACUAAAAUCAAUAACAAUCAGUGACCAACAAAGUUACCAAGAUGAAUUAUGAAGCCGAAAGAGCCAUGAACCAAAAGAGAUUGCGUAUGGAGGCGGAACCUGGCCAUGGAGUGGUGCAAGGAAACGGUUUACCACUCAAUUAUAUCGAUAAUGGUCAUCAAAUACCUUACCAGCCCUAUGCUGGGGCCUACAAUACCCACUACCCGCCCCCGGAUGCGUUCGCAGCGUACGGACCGCCACCACCAGGAGGCUAUGCCCCACAGAACCUGUCUUAUGCACCUCCUGCUCAUCAAAAUUAUGCUCAUCACCAGAGUUUCCCACCACAGCAGCCUCCACAGGCCCAGUUGCAUAUGCAGUCACACAUGGGUUAUGGUGAUGUGGGUGUUCACAAGCCUGCGUGGCCUCCACAACCACACCUACUACCACCGCUCGACGCUCAAAAACCAAUAGAUGUGAAACAACUUAAACCGGAAAUCAAACUUGAGCCCACAGAUGCCCAAAAACGACCACACCCCGAAGCUGAAAUGAUGAGUGAAAUGGAUCAGCCAAAAAUAAAAAUCAAAACAGACAUUUUUAAGCCUGAUGACUUAGCACACAGACCCAUUGAAAAACCUAUAGAUGCACACAUACAUAAACCAUUAGAAGGUGCACAAAAGCCAACAGAUCUACAGAAUAAGGAUGAAGGACAGCCGAAUACAAUAGUUGACAUCAAAUUAGGAGAGAAACCGACUGAGUCGAGCAAGGGGGACGGCAGCGCGGAGGCGGGGGAGCCCCGGCCCGCGGACUCCGCCGCCCCGGCCGCGCCCAACAGUGAUAUCGACAGGAAACCGUUCAGUAGUCCAGAGCUGCCGAAGUCGGGCUCCGUGCCGGGGAAGGCGCCCACCCCGAGCUCCGAGCCGAAGAAGAGAGGUCGCCCUAAGGGGUCGACGAACAAACCGAAGCCCCCCGGCGUGACCGGCAAGCUGGUCCCCAACAUGGCGGCGGGCGGGGGGGCGCCGCGCGGGCCCCCUCCCCGCGCCCCCGCCGCGCCCCUGCGCCCGCGCUGCACCGGCUACCAGUACGCCGUCCGGGCCUACAGGAAGGACUUCUCCGGGAUACAGUUCAGGAGGCGCUGGAGCGACGACUGCCUGGACUCGUCGCACAUCCCCAACGAGGUGUACUUCGGCGACGUGCCGGUGUCCACGGAGGUGCUGUUCAACUACUACGACGCGAACGCGGAGCGCGAGCGGCUGGCGACGCAGGCCGCGCAGAUCGCCGCGCAGAAGGCCGCCGCCGCCAAGCUCGCCGCCGCCAAGCUGCAGGCGCGGGGCGUCGUCUCCAACGAGGUCACGACAGUCGAUUCAUCAUCGUCAGACGAUUCGUCAGGGUCCGAAGGCAGCGAUUCAGAAGAUAGCGACGAGGACGCCCCCCUAAAACGAGGUCCAGGCAGACCGAAGGGUUCCAAGAAUUCUCCGCGGCCCCCCGGAGCGACGCCCCCCGGCGCCACGCGGCGCGGCCGGCCCCCCGUGCCCCCCGAGCUGCGCCAGCCCGGCAUCACCGACAUGAAGAAGUUCUGCAAGGCGGCCGGCAUCCGGUUCGAUUACAAGAAGCUUGUUGAAGGUUGCACGAAAAACAAAGAAAGAGUUGAGAAGAUGCUAGAGCUGCUGGUCGCGGCCGGGCUCGAGGGCAAGCCCACGCUGGAGAAGUGCAAGGCGAUGAAGCAAGCCAAACUAGACAAGAAGGAGCAAGAGAAGCUGGCCAAGAAAGAAGCGAAAGCGAAACACAAAGACGACCCUGUUGCAGCGGAGCCGGCGGCGGGCUCGUGCCGGCGCAUGACGCGCGGCGCCACGGGCGUGAAGCCGCGCCAGCGCAUCGUCAUCUCGUCGGACGAGGAGGACGACACCCCGCAGGCGCGCCGCACGCUCUCCAAGCUGCGCUCCAGCGUCAACGACCACUCCGACUCCGACUAGCGUCCGAGGUCACCAUCAGAUCGUCUGCUUGACGAUGAGCAAUUCCUUUGGGGCAGUUAACGCUGACAUUUCCGAGAGUUAGGAUCGACGUGUCCGUGGACGAUCUCGCGUGUGUAUUACAAUAAAAUAAUUAAUGAAAAAAAACUUUAAAUAAUUAUUAUAGUUAACCAUAGUGUGACGUCGUUAGAAAAAUCUCAGUGAACAACAUUAUUUUGUAUAUUAAUCUGUUUAGUUCGUAAUUGUAUCGGAGUUUGUUUGAGAUUGUAAAACUUCAUUGGUAAAAUUCUGUCAUGUUGGCAACAUUGACGUAUUAAGAUAUAUUAUUGCCAACAGAAAUAUAUUAGAAGUCACCAAUUUGAAGAUAAUCUAUGCCUUGUUUUGAAAAUUUGAGUGAUAG